AUGCCCUCCACCCACCCCUACAUGAACUAUAUCCGCUACCACACCUCCACGCACGCCACCCCGCGCAUCGGCCACCUGGACUUCGGCAACGACCAAAUCCAGCCCCUAUCCUUCGCCUCCGGCACUCCCCUGAGCACACUCUACUCCGUCAUUGCCGCCAGCGGCGGCGGCGGGGGGCCCAACAACAGCAUCAUCCCCUCCGACCUCCCACCCAUCCCGCGCUCCUCCGUCACCAUCCUCCCCCCACUCGAAGGGCGCGACAUCCUCGCCAUCGGCAAGAACUACGGCGCGCAUGCCACCGAGUUCGCCGCCUCGGGCUACGACGCCUCCGACAAGGGCGCCAUGCCUUCCCACCCGGUCAUCUUCAGCAAGCGGCACACGGCGAUCAUUGCGUGCGGCGAGGAGAUCUACCCGCACGUGGGGUUCGCGGACACGCUGGACUAUGAAGGGGAGAUUGGGUUGAUUGUGGGGCGCGUGGGGUAUCGGGUGCCUGAGAGGGAGGCGAUGGAUUGGAUCUGGGGGUAUACGGUCAUCAAUGAUGUGACGAGUCGGGAUCAGCAGAGGGAUCAUAAGCAGUUCUUUUUGGGGAAGAGCGCGGAUGGGUAUUGUCCCAUGGGCCCCGUCGCCGUGCCGAAAGAGGCGUUGCCAGAGGUGCUGACGGUGAGGACGUUUGUCAACGGAGAGAAGCGCCAGGAGGCAACCACCGAAGAUCUUAUCUUUGGGAUGCGGACGUUGGUCGAGACGGUGUCGCGAGCCCAGACCAUUAUGCCGGGAGACGUCAUUGCUACGGGGACGCCGGCCGGCGUAGGGUUCGGCUUCAAGCCGGAGAAAUGGUUGAGGCCAGGGGAUGAGGUGAGAAUUGAAGUCACUGGCCUGGGCGAAUUGGUCAACAAAGUCGCAGACCCGAACAACAUUAACUCCACCACCGAUAGAGUGCGAGGUGUGCUGGAGGGCGAGAGCGUCGCGGUGUCCAACGACGGACGAGCGGCUCUGACGACCUUGCCUGGAGGCAAACGUAUCUACUACAAGCGCACAGGUAAAGAGGGCGGCAAGUCGGUGGUGUUCGUCCAUGGACUGGGCGGAAGCAGCGAGUACUUCGGCCCCCUUCUCUCCUCAUUGGAGAGCACCUGCGAGUGCCACUUCUUCGAUCUCGAAGGCCACGGCCUCUCACCCACCUCGGCGCUUUCCACGCUUAGCAUCCGCAGCUUCGCCAAGGAUCUGGAAGGAGUGGUGCAGCAUGCCGGCGCAAAGAACGUCACAGUCGUUGCGCACUCGAUGGGCUGCCUAGUAGCUCUGAAAUUCGCCAUCGACAACCCCGACAGCGUCAGCCAACUGGUGCUCAUGGGACUGCCGCCCACGCCGCUUCCAGAGGCAGCUGCGACGAAUAAUAUCGGAAGGGCGAAGCUGGUACGUGAGAAAGGUAUGACGGGUUGCGUCGACGCGGUGGUCACAGCUGGGCUUGCGGAGAAGACCAAAAAGGAGCGGCCUCUGGCGGUGGCGGCGACGAGGCUAAGCUUGCUGGGGACCGAAGCGGAGGGGUAUGCGAAGGCGUGCACGGCGUUGGCAGGGAGCAAAGAUGAGACUUUGGAUGCGUCGAAGCUGCGGGGAAAGAGGGUCUUGGUGAUGACAGGCAGCGAGGAUAAAGUGUGUCCGGAGGUAGUGGCGCAGAAAUACAAGGAAGCUGUGCACGAAGGGUGCGAGGUGAAAAUACUGCCGGACGUGGGACAUUGGCAUUUGUUUGAGGACCCUGAGGGUGUCAAGGUAGCAGUGGCAGAGGCUUUGGGAAUCAAGUGA